CUUGACUACCGUUAUAUAACCCUCUCCCUGCCAUCCUAGAUCAGGUCAAAAUCUCGCUCAAAUCCAUCCUCAACUUCAGCACGUCACUCAACUCCGGCACCAUGCCUUCGUUCUCGUCUCUCGAGGACAAAGUCCAAACCGCCCAACUCACGAUUGGGUACACCUUCGAUAACCCCACUAUCUGUAUGGGGGCGCUAGUAACUCCUGGGGUUGCCCUGCCCGGACUGCCAACCCGCAUGGAUGGCCACAAGGAGCUUGCCCAUGUCGGAGAUGCCGUUCUCAAACUGGCACUUACCCUGGAUGGAUACGAAGCCAGAAGAAGCAGAGAGUUCACGAGCAACAUUCUGCAAACCAAAGCCAGCAACGUCAACCUUGCACUGGUUGGGCGUAGGAUGGGUCUCGAUAAAGUGGUCAUUGUCAAUCCAUCCCAGGCAGGCAUGGUGUCUGACAAAGUCAUGGCCAACACCGUCGAGGCUCUCAUCGGAGCUGUCUAUUUGGAUAGUAACUCGGUUGACGCUGUGCGGCCUGUCUUGGCUGCUAUGGGCCUUGACUCGCCCGCUUGAGCUCCAUGAAUUUGCGUGAACUACCUAUGCAAAGUGACGUGAUCUGGAAGCUAGUUACUUACUGGUGGGUCGUACAGAGGCCCUUCUGCAUCAGUUCCAGACCCCUGCUAUGAUUAGCUCCCCCCACCACCACUACGGGAUGGCGAAACUUGAGCCACACUUGCUAUUUUCCGCUGAUCCUGUAGUGGUGGAUGGGGAGCUGAUCAUAGACGGGCUCCGAUAACGAGUAGUUGGGCCUUUGUACGACCAACUGGCCGGGAACGGCCUCGAGCCCACGAGACAUUGUCUAUGUGGUUCGACACUAGACUUGGGUAUAUAAUCCAAGCUUCUGUGUGAGGGUUGAUCUCCUAAGGAUGGGGAAGUGUUGGUAGGUAAGGGAAUGGUGGAAGGUUUCGAUGCGAUUGUGUUUCAGUGACUGGUCGAUG